AAAUAUUUUCUAUAUUGUACUCUAUUGUGUAUAAAUUAAAUAAAAGUAAAUUAGUGAAUGUAAACAAUAAUUUAUUUUGAAACAAUGUGUGUGAUAUUAAACAAUGAAUGAAACGCCCGAGUAGUGUAGGUUUAAGAUUAAUGAAAAGAAAAUUUUUGCAUUUUAUUACAAUGAGCGGUGUUCAUAGAGACGCGCCAAUCGGUAUACAAUUUUUAGAAAAGUUCAAUAGUUGGUGGUGUCCGCGAUGGCAAAUAAACAGACUGAGAUGGUACCAAGCAAGCGUACUAAUUCUCACCUACUUUACAUACAUGACAUAUCACCUAACGCGAAAACCGAUAUCAGUGGUAAAGAGCAUCCUUCAUCAGAACUGCAGUGCGCUACCGCCACGGCCAGGCUUGACUGCCGCUGACGACCAGUGGUGUAAUUGGGCGCCAUUCAAUACGGAUGACGCGAAUACGCUUCUUGGCGCCCUUGACUCCGCUUUCUUAUUCAGCUAUGCAGGGGCUAUGUUUAUAUCUGGUAUGAUCGCAGAAAGAGUGGAUUUGAGGUAUUUCCUCUCAUUUGGGAUGCUGUUUUCAGCAAUUUUAUGUUAUCUCUUCGGUCUCGCGAAAACAUUUAAUAUACAUGACAUAUCAUAUUAUAUCAUUGUACAGGCAGGUGCAGGCAUAGCUCAAACAACUGGGUGGCCCGGCACCGUGGCCAUAGUUGGUAAAUGGUUCGGAAAUAGUAAAAAGGGACUCAUUUUCGGAAUUUGGAACUCGCACACGUCUUUGGGAAAUAUAUUGGGCACAGUAAUGGCGGCUGAAUAUGUGGAAAGUGAUUGGGCUCUGUCGUUCGUCUACCCAGCGUUAGUUAUGGGAAUAGUAGGCUUUCUUGUGUUUUUGUUUCUCGCUCCCGAGCCGAGAUGCGUUGGUCUCACUGUAGAAAGACCAAUGCCGAGCAGACAGGCCCGAAGGUCUGUUGAUGAUGAAGAGCCGUCACAGGUCAUAGUCGGUGAUCAGACAGCCAGCCUACGACCAAACCGACAUUCUGCUAACUCACCCCCGUAUCAAGAAGAGGAGCCGUCAGAAUCGAGCGCACUCCUCGGUCGCUCUCGAUCGCACAAUGGCGCCGUCUCUCUCUCGCGCGCGAUGUUGAUACCCGGAGUGAUAGAAUUCUCUCUAUCCUUGUUCUUCGCAAAGCUAGUCAGCUAUACCUUUCUCUAUUGGCUGCCGCUUUAUAUAAAGUCUUCCACAACCCUAACUCCACGCCAAUCUGGUGAAGUUAGUACAGCAUUUGACGUUGGUGGAGUAUUGGGCGCCAUUGUGGCCGGACUUUUAUCGGACGUAGUCGGAUGUCCGGGUAUUGUCUGCACCGUAUUCUACUUCCUAUGCGCUCCAACGCUUCUCUUUUACCAGUGGUGGGGUGCCACGUCUUAUUAUUUGAACAUAGGGUUACUUGUCAUAGCUGGUGUAUUAGUUAAUGGACCGUAUGCAUUGAUAACUACGGCGGUUAGUGCCGAGCUGGGGACACACAGUAGUUUGUCGGGUGAUUCACAAGCACUAGCCACUGUCACUGCCAUCAUUGAUGGUACAGGCAGUAUUGGAGCAGCUGUUGGUCCUUUAUUAGCAGGAGUUGUGUCAAGUGCUGGAAGUUGGUCACAUGUCUUUUAUAUGCUGAUUAUAUGCGACUAUAUGGCUCUUGUCUUCCUAAUACGAAUAGUAAAAUCAGAAGUACAAAAAAUACGUCAGAACAGGAGGCUGGCAUCGCCGCGACUCGUGCGCAUCGAGUAGCAGUAUUAUAUUAUUUUAUAAUAAACAUAUUGACUUUAA